AUGCCUCCCUCGCCACCGAGUCGCUUCGCGCUCAAUCCUCCGCGAGAAUUCGGAUACAAAGAUUGGGUCAUCAACCUUCCAGUUCCGCAAUUCCUGCACCAUGAUCAGAACGACCACGCUCGCGUCCAGGUACUAAUCCAUUCCAUUGAGACUCGAUUUGGAAAGGACCGCUGCUUCUACAGCUUCAUGCCACAUCAGAGCAAAUCACGACCAGAUAAGAUCGAAGUCACACAACUCUAUGCCUUCCACGAGGUCAAGCAUUGGCCUGGCUCCUUGCAGCAACUGGAAUGGACAUCUUUUGUCAUGGCCAAUAUCGAGUACGACGACAUGAUCAAGGCGUAUGGGCCGAGCGCGAGUCUGACAGUCCCAGUCCUCCCCGCUACCGCGCUCGAGAUCUACUCCAAAAUGGAAUUCCAUGAAGGUGCCGGGUUGGCUCGGAUCUGCCAUAAGACAGGAAAAACAAUCGGCCAGGUCAUCGAAGGAAACAUCAAGCUUUACGCACAAAAUAAUGGAUCUCAAGAGAUAAACCUCAACUUUGACCUACUGGAGCAUGAUACCACUCUGGCUAUGGUCUCAUCCCCUGAGCAUUCGGACACGCAAAUACCACUGACCUCGUCACCUGUGCGCAAGGAUGCACCUGCGAUCUCCACCAACGACACUUCGAUCACCGACCCGCGUCUCCUAGCCCACGACUCCGCCGUCUCAACAGCUGGCAACGAAACCGCCGAAGGAGCGAACGUGCCCCAUCAUACUGAGACCAUCCGCACCAUGCGCAGUAUUCCUGGGUGGCAGAUCCGACAAGUCGCGAAGAAUCCUAAGCUUUUCGCUCAAGUCCAGAAAAAUCAUCAAGCAUGGCUUGACCGGUCCUUCAAGAGAAUCCACAUUCUGUGCGUGCGUCUCGUCUGCCGCCGGCCAGGAAUGGAGAAGGUGCCCUGGAGUCAGUGCGGCAGGAUCGCUAACGAUUACAUUCGGCAACUGUUCGACCACGUGUUGGGGAUCGGGAUGAGAAAAUCCAAGGUCAAGUUUGACUUGACACGUGCCCGCCCUGGCCCGAUCGACAGACAACUUGACUUCCUCUGCUUCUGCUAUUCACUCGAGGAUCCGCUGCCGCCUCAGGGACCGGCUCGCAGUAUCAAGGCCCGAACGCAUGCUAUCAGGGCGCUCAACAGACAGAGAGAAAUCAUCGAGCAAUGGAAGGUGGAGUUGAAGAGCAGGGCCGAGAAAGAAGACGGCGAGAGAUAUCGGAAGGAAAAUGGGAUGCUCAUUGAUCUAUGGAGGGGCACCACCGAAACGUUUGCGGAGUACGAGGAAAGAAUGAGAAACACUCUGAAGGCCUGA